GUUAUGGCCAACAACGGCGUUUCUCAUCUGGUCGUACCGGACGAAAAGGUUGCACUCUCUCGCGUUCUCGAUUGGCUCUCUUUCGUUCCUUUAAAAGCCAAAGAUCGAUUACUUGUACUCCAACGUCCACUAUUCGGUCAACUUAUUCUCCAGCUCCUCGAGCCAGCCCUGAAUGAAGCAAAGAUAGCCCUUGCCGCCAAGAAAAAGGAAACAUAG